AUGGCCGUGGAUGCACACCCACCAGCUCCAAAACUCGUUCUUGAUGAAUUCAUCGGAACCGCAAUAUCCUCAACACCUCAAGAACUACAUCCGUUCUUUGAGUCCUUUAGAACGCUGCAUACGCGAAAGCUAUGGCAUCAACUAACUCUCAAGCUGUUCGCAUUCGUCGAACACCCAUUGUCGAAACCAUUUCGAGUUGAUGUAUUCGAGCGGUUCGUUACCGAUUUCGAAUCGAAGAUGAACCAGCUUCGGUUGGUUGAGUUAGGUGUUAAGGUCUCAAAGGAGAUUGAUAACCCUCAAACCCACCUAACCUUCCUUACUUCUCUUCUCACUCGGAUCAACAAGGAAACCUCCCCAGAAGCAUACAUUCUCCUUUAUGCCAAUAUUGCUCAUGCUAAGUUACUUUAUGGAGACCUCGAGGGAACCAAGGCCGACAUGGAUGAGGCCUGGAAGAUCCUCGAUAGUGUGGAGAGUGUUGAGAAUGGAGUGAAUGCGGCGUAUUACGGUGUGGCAGCCGACUAUUACAAGGCCAAAGCAGAAUACGCGCCCUACUAUCGCAACUCCCUCCUCUACCUUGCAUGUGUGGACCCAUCCACGGAUAUGACAGUAGAGGAGCGAUUAGGACGCGCGCACGAUCUAGGAAUUUCCGCGUUGUUGGGUGAUACGAUCUAUAACUUUGGAGAAUUGCUCAUGCAUCCCAUUCUCGACGCUCUGGAUGGGACACCGUUUGAAUGGAUCAAGAGACUGCUCUUUACUUUCAACGAGGGUAGUAUUGGCAAGUUUGAGGCCCUCGCGCCGCUGCUUCCUCAAGAGCCGAUACUUCAAGAAAAUUAUCCCUUCCUCCGACAAAAAAUCUGUCUCAUGGCGCUCAUCGAGUCUGUAUUCAAACGAAGUGCGGAUAAUCGUACAAUGAACUUUACCACUAUUGCGGAGGAGACAAGGCUACCAAUCGAUGAAGUGGAGCAUCUGGUUAUGAAAGCUCUAAGUUUGAAACUCAUUCGCGGUUCCAUGGACCAAGUAGACCAGAAAGCUCAAAUCACCUGGGUCCAGCCCCGAGUGUUGUCCCGACAGCAAAUUGGUGGAUUAGCGAAAAGGCUGGAGAGUUGGGUGAACAAGUUGAAUUUAGUUGAGCAGAGGAUAGCGCCGGAAAUGUUAGCUAGUGCAUAA